GUCCAGCGCACUCUUUCUCCUCACUAGCUACCCACCUCAGCGAGCCAAGGCCGGCGAAGCGCAUCCAUCGGUCCAUGGAGUUGUACGUGGACGAGAAGUGGAAGUUCUCCAAGAAGAGCCGGAACAACGGCAGCCGGCGCGUCCCGGGAUCCGGCGGCGGGGACUCUCUGCUGAAGAGAUCGUCGAGCAUGAGGGACGUCGCGGCGAUCGGCCGGCGCGGUACCGGCGGCGCCGGCGCCGCGGCGGCGGGCGGGUGCGCGCCGCAGCCGUCGUUCUCGAGCCGGUGCGCGGGCCUGGUGAAGGAGCAGCGGGCGCGCUUCUACAUCAUGCGCCGCUGCGUCACCAUGCUCGUCUGCUGGAAGGACUGCUCGUAGCCACGGCUCCAGGGCCGGCCGGCGAAGAGGCUCGACCCCUCGCAGUUCCCCCCGCCCGUCCGCCCGCCCGCCAGGAUCAGAGAGAGAGAGAGAGAGAGAGAGUCAGCCAUGGGGCUGAAGCAAGCAAGCUGCAAGCCGGGGGGACACGGGGAAGAAGGCAGAUUAGGUGAUGUGUGUAUAGAUCAGUCAUCAGUCUUGAUUAGGAGUCCUCAUCUUUCUUCUUCUUUUUUACCUCCCAUUUCUGGGACGUUUUCUCGAUUGCCGGUGCUCGAUUAGGUAAAGAGUAGUAACUAGUACAGUACCUAGCGUUGCGAGGUAGAUGCGUGUGGUAUCGUGGACAGUUUUGGGAAUCCCCUUCUUCAAGGGGAAUGGGGAUCUGGGUUCUUUACAGCUGCAGUGCUGCGAAGGAGCACCGCAGGCAGCUGAGAUGAAAUCUAGUGGAUCUCUUCUGUUGUU